CACGUGUUAGAAUUACGUGAAGACGUGUACGGAAAGUAUAACGGACUUAACAGUGAAUCAUUUUGUAAUACCUGAUUUAACGAUAAAAACGAAUAUAUUCUAUCUAAAUGAUCAUCGAUCGUUUCCAUUAAAACAUAUGAACUAUAAUUAUCUUAAUUUCCAUUAAAUGUAAUAGUUCUCGACGAAUUACUAUAUAGAAUUGCGGAUCGACAGUGAAAGCAUUUAAAUAGACCAAAUAAGCAGUGUGAAUACAACAUGGUUGACAACGUGAUAUCUGAUGUGCAAAGCUUAAACAUUAAGGAAGAAAAGGCAAAAAUGAAGCCAGGAAAAGAUAAAAAAGUUGCAAUUGAAAAGAGUUCGGUUUGCGAAUUAAAUCCAUGGCCUGAAUAUAUUCAGGAACGUAUAGUUUUAUGGGAUAAGUUAAAAGCAGAAUACGAUGCCGAAAUUGCGAGUAAAGAACCUGAAGAGAUAAUCGUGACGCUUCCAAAUGGGAAAGAAGUUACCGGCCAAUCGUGGCGUACCACACCAUAUGAAAUUGCAAGGAAUAUUAGUCAAAGUUUAUCAGACAGCGUUGUAAUAGCAAAGGUUAAUAACGAACUUUGGGAUCUCGAUAGACCUUUGGAAUCCGAUUGUAAACUUCAACUUCUUAAAUUCGACGAUCCUGACGCUCAACAAGUUUUCUGGCAUUCUAGUGCUCAUAUCCUUGGAGAAGCCAUGGAACGCAUUUAUGGAGGCUGUUUAUGUUACGGACCUCCAAUCGAAAAUGGUUUUUACUAUGACAUGUACCUUGGUGAUAAAGGUAUAUCUAAUUUAGAUUUUCCUACUUUGGAAACUUUAUAUAAAGGCAUAGUUAAAGAAAAGCAACCCUUUGAAAGGCUUGAGAUGAAAAAAGAAGAUUUAUUAGAAAUGUUUAAAUAUAAUGAAUUCAAAGUACGCAUUUUGAAUGAGAAGGUACAUACUCCUACUACUACAGCUUAUAGAUGUGGUCCACUGAUCGAUUUGUGUAGAGGUCCACAUAUUAGACAUACGGGAAAAGUUAAGGCUAUUAAAGUUACGAAAAAUUCUUCUACGUAUUGGGAAGGUAAUGCAGAAGCGGAAUCCUUGCAAAGAAUAUAUGGGAUAAGUUUUCCUGAUACUAAACAAAUGAAAGAAUGGGAAAAAUUUCAAGAAGAAGCUGCUAAACGUGAUCACAGAAAAAUUGGAAAAGAACAAGAAUUAUUCUUUUUCCAUGAGCUUUCUCCAGGAUCUUGCUUCUUUCAACCACGUGGUGCUUAUAUUUACAACACUUUAAUCGAAUUUAUUCGUGGUGAAUAUAGAAAAAGAGGUUUUCAAGAGGUUGUGUCGCCGAAUAUUUACAAUAGUAAAUUAUGGCAAACUUCUGGUCACUGGCAACAUUAUGCAGAUAAUAUGUUUUCAUUUGACGUUGAAAAGGAAACAUUUGCAUUAAAGCCAAUGAAUUGUCCAGGUCAUUGUAUGAUCUUUGACGUAAGAAAUAGAUCUUGGCGUGAAUUGCCUUUAAGAAUGGCGGAUUUUGGAGUAUUACAUCGUAAUGAAUUAUCUGGCGCAUUAACGGGUCUUACUCGUGUAAGACGUUUCCAACAAGACGAUGCACAUAUAUUCUGCACGAUAGAUCAAAUCAAGGAUGAAAUGUUGGGAGCACUGGAUUUUCUACGUCAUGUAUAUUCCGUAUUUGGUUUUACAUUUAAUUUAUGUUUAUCUACGCGCCCUGAGAAAUAUUUAGGAGACUUGGCUCUUUGGGAUCUAGCAGAAAAAGCAUUGGAAGAAAGUUUAAAUGCCUUUGGAGAAUCAUGGAAAAUAAAUCCUCAGGAUGGUGCUUUUUAUGGUCCUAAAAUCGAUAUAACAAUUAUGGACGCUUUGAAAAGACCACACCAAUGUGCUACGAUACAAUUAGAUUUUCAACUACCAAUUAGAUUUAAUUUAUCGUAUGUCAACGAAUCAGGCGAGAAAACAAGGCCAGUAAUUAUUCACAGAGCUAUAUUGGGUUCUGUAGAAAGAAUGAUCGCUAUUCUUACCGAAUCUUAUGCAGGAAAGUGGCCAUUUUGGCUUUCGCCGCGACAAGUAAUGGUUAUUCCUGUGGGAACACCUUUCGAAGAAUACGCGAUCGAAGUUAAAACAAAACUUUGGGAAGCAGGUUUUAACGCAGAAGUUGAUACCGAUUCUAGCGAUACAAUGAACAAAAAAAUUCGUAAUGCCCAGUUGGCACAAUUUAAUUUUAUACUUGUUGUUGGAGAGAAAGAACGAAAUGCAGGGACUGUAAAUGUUCGUACGAGAGAUAACGUAGUUCACGGUGAAAUUAAAACGGAAGAUUUAAUCGAAAAGUUUAAAUUAUUUAAAGAAAGGAAAGAUCGUAACUGCGAAGAAAGGUUUCAAUAAAUCUACUUUCUCUAUCCAGACAAUUUAUUUAUAUGUAGGUAAUAUCUCUAAACUUAAAAAGUUAUAAGAUACGAUCUUAAUGCACUUUAAAAUAUGGGAAUAAAUCCUUUUCUGCAGUA